AUGAACAACCCUAGUUUAAGGCAGAAGAAUAUAAGUGUCAGUGUAUGUGGUAGAUCACGAGUUCGAAUCCAAAGGUCUCAGUCACCACAAGGAAAGAUUAAUUUGUCAUAUUUUCGAUACGGAUCUGUGUCUCCGCCACGAAAGAUUGAAUCCGAUUGCAAGGACAAUACAGCAUCUCAAAUAAACUGUGUGCAACGUCGACACAGCUUAGUGAUACAAAGAAAAUCUCCAAGUCCCAUUACAAAUUCAUACGACAGGAUUAGCAUAUAUCAACAAAAUAUAAAACACACCCCUACAAAUGGACUCGAAACAGACAUAAAUGUGACGCGUACAAAUAAUUUACAGAUAGUAAACAACCAAUACGAAAAAUCAAUUCGCCAUACAGCUCUCACCCCACAUGCUAAUGGUAUUUCAAUAGUGAUUGGCGCAACUAACUCAGCUUCCAAUGAAACACCAGACAGAAAGUUGUUAAGAGAUGACUCAUUUAAUUUAAAUUCAGUCUCGCCAUUAGGCCGUAUUGGAGAGCCAGGAUUAUACGACCUUGGCAUACCGGUCGAUAGCAGUUCAGUUUCUCUCUCUACUAGUCAGACUGACAAUUCUAGUCUUAAUUUUUCUGCCCUACCAUGUUUGUCUAUAACUACAAAGCCUAUUGUACGUUGUCCUGUCUCAAAUUCACAUUCAAUUUCCAUUUCCGUUAACGGUAAUGCUGCUUUAUUAUUGAACGGGAAUAAUGACAGUUCUUAUUCAUUUUAUCCAAAAUCAACUAGUGGACAGACUACAAUAACAAGUUUACACAAUAAAAAUGUUGCUUUAAACGACCGACCACCACUACCUCAUUCAGACAUCAGUGUUAAAAAAAGUGGUGUUGCUGUAGUGCGUAUUUCCGCUGCAAAUUCAACAAGAGUAGUGAGCAACUUACCUCCUAAGAAUCCCACCAACGUUAUCAGUGUUCGAAAUCCUCCGGAGCCAUUACAUUCCUGUAGUUCUUAUGAAAACUUACUGUCUAAUGGGGCUAGGCGUUUCAGCUUAAUUGACCAAAAUCCUGAACGUGCUAAGCUUCGAUAUCGAAGUGUUUUAACGAACGUCUUAUCCCCUAAUCCGUCCCAGAGGCUUUUCCAUUCAUCCUGUGAUCAUUACGUCAAAGCGAUGCCCAAUGCUCAGUCUAUGGGGAUCGAAGAUAUAAAAACUAAUUGUGUCCCACAGGCUCGAUUAGCAAAGCCUACCAUGAUUAAUAGCACUACUGACUUCAAUACCCAAGGACGGAAUGAUGAUUUGAGGACUCUGCUAAACUCUCGAAACCCAAGAAAUAACAACUCACCUGUACACCAGAAUAUUCCACCUACUGGGAAUAAAAUUUCAGGAUCUAAUACUUCAGAUCAACUGAAAAAUAUCCGUUCUAGUUUUUCUGGAACUAAUAGCCAAAAUUAUUUCCGGAUACAAAUACCUAGCACACGUGCAAUAUCUCGACCUAAGGGAUUUGCAAUGACAGAUAGUUUAAAAUUGUAUGAAGAACAAAUUUUCAGUCAUUGUCAACCUUCUCAACGUCCUCAGUCAUGGUGUCUAGAUUUCGACCAACCACGAGAUGAAAAUAACCCGGUAGAUGAUUCACACUCUAGUUCUCCAGCGUCUACUGUGUCUUCAUCUUUCUCUUCUUCCUCCUCGUCAGAUACUUCCCAAUUACUAUCUCAGAACCACACGGAUCUUAGAAGGAUAAGGAAUGUUCCCUAUUAUACUCCACCUGUACACCCACGAAACUCUUCAAGAUAUUAUCAUCAAAAUGCUCCAGUUGUGACGUCCUCUACUGGACUUGUGGCUAGUGAAGCUACAACUCCUACCAGUGGUGCACCACUUGGUUGCCAUCUAGCGGAACUAGCCAAAGAACCUCGUUCAAGUCAGAAAUGUCAUAAUACUAAUAAUAAUAAUACUAAUAAUAAUAAUAAUGAUAAUAAUAAUAAUAAUAAUAAUAACUAUGCACCUGUGAAGUCAGUUGAUGAAGUUUUUUCUUCAAAUGAACUAAUUAGUCAUUGCCUCAACACACGAAAUUCUCAUUUCAACCAUUCUGGUGUUAUAUAUUCCAAUGCACAAUCAGAGUCAAUUCAAACUAACUCCAGUUAUGAUACAGUACGUCCAAUUAAUUUAUCACCAGUUAAUCUAAGAUCGAACUUUUUAAUAAGUCGACCAAGUUUACCUUUGGAAACUACUGUAAAUGACGAUCAAAUUUCUCAUGUUCACUAUCUUCGUCAUCAUUCAUGUGAAGAAAACUAUUCACAACCGAAUUCUGAAUGUAGAAAGUUAUCACUAAUUACUGGAUCAUCUCAAUUAAUUGGUGAUAAUAAUAAUAAUAAUAAUAAUAAUAAUAAUAAUAAUAAUAAUAAUAAUGCUCAAGAGCAUUUCUCUUCUUCACGGCUUACACCAUCACCCAUAAUUUUCUCUUCAUCUGUUAGUGAUCGUUCAGACAAUAACAAUACCACGAUACCACCAUCUUUGUUGGACAGUCAUCAAGAUGUAAUCUCUUCUCCUAUUAUACCUCCAUCUACAACCACUUCUUCGAAUAAUUCAGAUGUUGAUCCAAUUCAUAGAGCAGAUGAACAACACCAGAAUAGUAGAUCAGUUUCUCCAACAUGUUGUAGCUCUCUCUUAUUACCUCCACCUGUUCCAUGGAAUUUAGAUUUAACAUCUGAAGUGAAUGAAACAACACCAAGUUUAUUUAUUAAUAAUAGUGAUGAUAUGAUUUCAAGAAAUGAUUAUUAUCAAGGUAAAAUAGACAGUGGAUAUAAAUUUAAUGAUGGUUUAUUUAAUGGUGAUACUACACAACAACAUGCUUGUAAAAAUGUCGAUAAUAAUAAUCAUUCGAGAUGUCGAAGUAAAGAUUCACUCCUUUCAGAUGACAUAAACUUUUUAAAUAAUUCAUGCAAUACUCAUCAUCAUUAUCCGAAUUAUGAUAAUAAACCACUUGGAUUAUUAUCACCAAGUCAUCAUUUAAAUUUUGAUAGUUUUGAAAUUUCUGAAAUGACUAAUAGUAAUACAUAUGCUUUUAGUACAUUCGAUUCAGAUUGUCUAGCAUGGAUGCGUUUAACUGUACAUGAUGUAACAAAUAAUAUAAAUGAAGAUAUGAAUAAUUCAUCAGAAUUACAAUUACCUAAUUUGGAUACAUUAUCUCGACCAUGUGUUCAUCAUUGGGUGGAUAUAUUCAACUCGAAUCCUUUAGGUUUACGAUUAAAUUUUGUGGAUGAUUCUUGUCGACUUGCUGGCACUCUACGCAUUUAUAUUAAUCUUAUUAAACCGGUGAAAAUGUCUUUAAGACGUACAUUGGAUAUGUUUCCAUCAAGUGCAACAGCGUCACCUGAACCAAAUAGUCCAACUAAAUUGAAUUUAAAUGAAAAUGGGGAUGAGAAUAAUGCUGUACCAACACCACCACGUUUAGUUUCAUUUUUUCUACCAAGAGGUACUUCAAAAGUAGUUUAUGUGACAAGUUCUACGACUUCAGCUAAUGCUAUUCAAUCGUUGUUAGAUCGAUUUCAUAUACAAGAAUCUGCUCGUAAAUUCGCCUUGUAUGAACAUACUUUAGAAGAUAGUUCAAUUAGCGCUCGAAAACUUACUACAACUGAAUGUCCUCUUCUAUUAUUAUUAAAUUGGGUACGUAUAAGUACAAAUCGUGAACAAUUCUUAGAAUUGUUGAAACAAAAACGUAUUGUACUACAAGAAAAUGAUGCUUGUGAUAUAGAGUGGAAAGACUUUACGACAGCAGAAUUAACAAAUUUCCUACGUAUACUUGAUAAAGAGGAAUGUGAAUAUCGUAAUGCUAUUCUAUAUCAAUAUAAUUUGUUGCGUAAUCAACUAGAACAACGUAUGAAACAAUUAGUAAUUACGAAUCACGUUCAUCAUCAUCACCACUCUCAUUUUCAUGAGUCAAACGAAGUUACUGGGGUUUUUUCACCAGUAGACAGUAAUACUACUACUCCUACUACUAAUACCACUGCUAAUGGACCUAUCUAUUCAAGAUACUAUUCACAUUCACAUCCAUAUGCACUGGAACAAACUACUGAAGAUAAUCAGUUAUCUAGUGGACAUUGUAAUUGUCAUUGUUCUCAUUAACUAUAGUCGUUUUUAAUUUGUAAUCAUUUAAGUGUAUCCCUUUUCACUUAUGAAUU